CCAUUCAAGGUUUCCAAAAACAAGUAAAACCAAUUACACAGCAAGAACCACAAGCAGGUCAAUAACCAAAUAAAAAAAUACCAAAAAUAAAGAUUCUCUAAAAUGAAUGUAAGAUUCAACGUACAGAAAUGCUCCUUCCACAUAAGCCUUGAUAUAUGUGCAUAUAUAUAUAUAUAUGACUCUCAGUAUACUUUGUACAUGUGCCAAGCUUGACUGUCAAAAGACUUGUGUCAUUUACUCUCCUCUCUUUUCAUGUCUCCUUCUCCCCCUCUUACAAUGAAAUCCUUGGACACACUCCACAAUCCCUCGGCGGUUGAGUCCGGUAACGCCGCUGUGAAGAACGUCGACGAUGAUGGUCGAGAGAAGAGAACGGGGACGUUUCUGACGGCGAGUGCGCACAUUAUCACGGCGGUGAUAGGCUCAGGAGUGUUGUCUUUGGCUUGGGCAUUAGCACAGCUUGGUUGGGUGGCUGGAACCAUGAUUUUGGUGAUUUUCGCCAUCAUCACUUACUACACGUCUACUUUGCUCGCCGAUUGCUACAGAGCGCCGGACCCCAUCACCGGAACACGCAACUACACGUACAUGGGCGUCGUUCGAGCUUACCUUGGUGGUAAAAAGGUGCAGCUAUGUGGACUAGCACAGUACGGAAACCUCGUUGGGGUCUCUAUUGGUUACACCAUCACUGCCUCCAUAAGCUUAGUAGCGAUUGGGAGAGCAAAUUGUUUUCAUGACAAGGGACAUGGUGCGAAAUGUACCGCAUCGAAUUAUCCAUACAUGGUGGCAUUUGGCGGCCUCCAGAUUCUUCUAAGUCAGAUUCCUAAUUUUCACAAGCUAUCUUUCCUCUCAAUCAUUGCCGCGGUUAUGUCCUUCUCUUAUGCAUCUAUUGGUAUCGGUCUGGCCAUCGCCAAAGUGGCAAGUGGGAAGGUUGGUAAGACAACACUGACAGGUACGGUGAUAGGAGUGGACGUAUCUGCGUCUGAUAAAGUGUGGAAAGCGUUUCAAGCGGUUGGGGAUAUUGCGUUUUCGUACGCUUACACCACUAUUCUCAUUGAGAUACAGGACACAUUGAGAUCAAGCCCACCAGAGAACAAAGUGAUGAAGAAAGCAAGUCUUAUUGGAGUCUCAACCACAACUGUUUUCUACCUCUUAUGUGGUUGCAUUGGGUAUGCUGCAUUCGGAAACUUAUCCCCUGGUGACUUCCUUACCGACUUUGGGUUUUACGAACCUUUCUGGCUCGUCAUUUUCGCCAAUGUUUGCAUUGCUGUCCAUUUAGUAGGUGCCUAUCAGGUAUAUGUUCAGCCUUUUUUCCAGUUUGUUGAGAGCAAAUGUAACAAAAAGUGGCCUGAAAGCAAUUUCAUCAACAAAGAAUACUCGUUGAAGAUACCAUUGCUCGGAAAAUUUCGUGUCAACUUCUUCAGGCUGGUGUGGAGGACAAACUAUGUGAUUUUGACAACAUUUAUUGCAAUGAUAUUCCCCUUCUUCAACUCCAUCUUGGGUUUGCUUGGGGCACUUGCGUUCUGGCCGUUAACAGUUUAUUUUCCUGUGGCAAUGCACAUUGCUCAGACAAAGGUUAAGAAGUAUUCGGGUAGAUGGUUGGCGCUGAACCUCCUCGUGCUGGUUUGCUUGAUUGUCUCCGCCCUAGCUGCUGUGGGAUCCAUUGUUGGCCUAAUCAAUAAUGUCAAGAAAUACAAGCCUUUCGAGAGUAUAGACUAAGUUACUUAUGCUGAUCUAUUUUAGAUAAGAACUAUAUAUUAUUUCUUUCCAGCAAAGUAUUUUAGCUAAAGAAUAAUGUUGUAAACGUAUUAUGCUAUUAUGUUUUGUUUUAUGAUAAAGAUGAAAACAAAUGCUAAUGGAUCUAUUAGUAAAUCGUAUGAAAAUCGUUAAUUUUUAGGAAUACAAGGGGGAACUAGAAACAUAUGCAUCUGUGACUAUAACACAACAACACAUGACAAUACUAAUAACUUUUUUUUUGAACAACUACAAUACAAAUAAAUAACUAACAACAUAAUAGAACUGGAAUCCACAUGACCACGGAUAGAAACA